AUGUCAGACCUUAACCAGGAAAGAAUUUAUGGUGGGGACAAUCCUUUUGCCUGUAAAGUAUGUGGGAGAGUCUUCAGCCGCAAAGCAACUCUCACUGAGCACGAGCAUUUUCAUACCAGAGAGAAACCUUUUGAAUGUAAUGAAUGUGGGAAAACCUUCAGCCAAAAGCAGUAUGUCAUUAAACACCAAAACACUCAUACUGGUGAGAAGCUUUUUGAAUGUAAUGAAUGUGGAAAAUCCUUCAGUCAGAAGGAAAACCUCCUUACGCAUCAGAAAAUUCACACUGGAGAGAAACCUUUUGAGUGUAAGGAUUGUGGGAAAGCUUUCAUUCAGAAGUCCAACCUCAUCAGACAUCAGAGAACUCAUACAGGAGAGAAGCCUUUUGUGUGUAAGGAAUGUGGGAAAACCUUCAGUGGCAAAUCAAAUCUUACUGAGCAUGAGAAAAUUCAUAUUGGAGAGAAACCCUUUAAAUGUAAUGAAUGUGGAACUGCUUUUGGCCAAAAGAAGUACCUCAUAAAACAUCAAAAUAUUCACACUGGAGAGAAACCUUAUGAAUGUAAUGAAUGUGGAAAAGCUUUCUCUCAAAGAACAUCACUUAUUGUACACGUGAGAAUUCAUUCAGGUGAUAAACCUUAUGAAUGCAAUGUAUGUGGAAAAGCCUUCUCUCAAAGCUCAUCUCUUACUGUGCAUGUACGAAGCCAUACAGGUGAGAAACCCUACGGUUGUAAUGAAUGUGGUAAAGCCUUCUCUCAAUUCUCAACGCUUGCUCUGCAUUUGAGAAUACACACAGGAAAGAAGCCUUACCAGUGUAGUCAGUGUGGGAAAGCUUUCAGCCAGAAGUCACACCACAUUCGACACCAGAAAAUUCACACCCAUUAG